AUGCUGAGAACACUCUUCAAUGCUCGUGCUUUCUCGGUGCAGACCAUCAACCGGCCCACAAAAGCGAAUGGAGGUUUUGGGGAGGAGCAGCGCAAGCAGACUGGCAAACGGCCAGCUGAAGACACGGCGCCGUAUCAGAACGAGUACAGCAGUUCAGGGACACAUGACGAGAUUGCACACGGAGAUGAGGCCUUCUCUGCCAAUACAGAUCCUGCCGAAUCAAGCCGCAAGACUGGCGGAUCUCUAGAUUCAUCUGGAGCAAAUUCAGCAGCUUCGCGUUCAGAGCAGGACGAUCACAAAGCUCGCAACACCAACACUCAAGCUUCUGGCUACAACAAGACAGACGCAGCUUCAGCUAAGAACACAGGCGGCCAGAACAAGGCCUCCUCCCAAGAUGCAUCGACGAGCAAGUUUGAAAAGCUGAGCAGAGAUCCUCCGACGCAACAUCCAGUGGCGGAAAAGACCCGCAAAUAG